UACAUGUGUCGGGAGGCUCUGAAGAUCGAGGCAUAACACAAUAGACGCUAUUCUUAUUCAAUGACAUGUAAAUGAGUGGCGGGGUAUUCUGAAGUUGCUCCUGAAGUUUAGCCGUAGACUCCGUUUGUUUGUAUUUUCAAUCGUGGAAACCGUAAAUUUGUACAUUUUAAGCCCCGAUUUUAUCGAGCGCUCGAUGCUUGUUGCUGGCAGCCAUAUUGGAUUCUCUACAGAUCGCCGAUCGUUGUGUGUAAUUACGGCAGUGAAAAGACCAUUGGAGGAAGAAUCUUCGUAUGGCCAGCAAUUUUUCAGGGGAUAAACGGGACGAUAGGUAAGCAAAGCAAUUCUGAACGUCGAAUUUGCGUUUGUGUGGUUAUGUUGAAUAACUUAAAUUUCUUGCUCACUUUGCAGUCGAAAACGCAGAAAAUGCAAUGAGCCUAAUUCUCACCAAGGACGCUGUGAUUCUAGUAGAACUUUUCACGCAUUCUGGAAGAGGUCAUCUUCACAUGUAGCUUUGAAAAGAAAAGGAGAGUUACAAGAACAAAACAAAAGGCUAUCACAGGACAUUGAAGCCAAAAAGGCUCGGCUGGAUGAAUAUGGUAAUAUUAUAACUUUGAGUGUUUUCGAAACGUGCAAAAGAUUUCAUUUUUACCACCAUGCUACUCUGAAGUUCGAACGGAAAAUUAAGUUAUGUUAUGUACAACAUUCUGUUCCUUUAGUAUUUUAUUUACGUGUGAUUGCAAAAAAUGUUGAGAUCUAAUUUCUCUGUUUGUUUUUUUUGUUUUUUUUUUUUUAAGAGGGACAAAUACAAACUUCUGUUGCUCAGAAAGAUGCAGUAGAAGAAGAGCUAAAAAGCCUUCAAAAGAGUGUGGAAGAAAAGGAAGAUCAAGUAAAGCAACAAGAGGAAAAAGUAACACAAUUAAAUGAGCAAUAUCACAAAUUUAAAUCUCUGCUUGAACAAAAAGGCUUUUCAGUAGCUAGGAGAAAAAAAUGCCAGUACAACUUAUGAUAUGAUUACAAAUGUCAAUUCCAGCACUAAGUACAGACGAAGACAGGAGACAAAAAAUGUAUUAGAAUUUAUUCAUGGGGGAAAAGAAGGGUCAAUAUAUGGGGCUUGGGGUUAUAUUUCAUCUACUGCUGACAAUCAAACCAUGGACAAACUGAUUUCUGGACUUAAACGAGGGAAAUAUCUCCAGGGUCUGUUUGAGAAUGAAGACAAUGAAAGGGUAUCAAAAUUCAGAUGAGGCUUUGAAACAAGCCUUUUUUUUUGAAGUACCAGAACUUUCUGUCUCGCAGAAAGUAUGCCCUUGUCUGCAAAACUCAGUCUUCAGUUUUUGAUCCAAACUCUGAUCUAUGGGUACCCCGUAACAUAAAAUGUUUAGGUUUGGACUUAAGGGUGCCAAAUAUAGCUAUUUCUGACAAACGGGUGGAGAAUUUUGUGAGAAGUCUUGACAUUGGUCAUGUUAAUCAAAUUCCCAAUGCACCGGGUGUUUCCAGAACAAUAACUGGGUUGGUGUUUAUGAUAAUUGAUCUGCACCUUAGACUUCUCUAUUUAUUCCGUAAGCUAAUUUGUUUUAAUGACAACAUAAAUCAUUUCAUCAUGCAAUUUUCUGAUGAUGGGGCCCCUGAGUCAAGUCAGCUAACCAUGUCGAUUGGCAGCCUAACAUCAUGGAAUUUUGGGGACAGUGUGAGAAGCAGGGAUUUCCAGUACAUUUUACAUUGUGUCAUUCAGGGGGAGAAAGAUGAGGUGUUGCAAAGGGCGAAAAAACAAAGCAAAAAAUUUUUUUCGCUUGUUUUUUGCACUUGCCAGUUCGCCCUUUGGCUAUGGACAGAUAAGAAAUUCGCCUCAAGGAAUGUUGUUUGUUCUUUUCCUUUACGAGGUGCAAUGCAUGCAAUCUUUUUUUGCAAAAAAUUAAUAAUAAGUGAAACUGUUAAGAAAACGAGGUCAAAUUUUUAAAGUAAUGGCUUAAAAGAAUACUGCCACAAGAAAACUUAAAACAAACAGAAAAAAAAAUGACACGCUACAAUUUCACACCAGUUCUGUCUAUGAUUAACUACCAAUUUCUCAUACAGUUUGUUGUUUUGCUUAUUAUUUGCUGAGGAUAAAGUCCCUUAACCCUUUAACUCCCAUGGGUGACCAAGAUAGAAUUUCUCCUUACAAUAUUAACACAGAAUCAAGCAGACAAGUGAGAACAAAACUCAAUUAGGGGACUUACAAGUUGAUCCAAUACCAAAUACUCCGAAAUGAAAUUAUAAGUAUUUUAUGGCAGACAGUAGGGAGAAUUACUAAUGAGAUCUUGGGAGUUAAAGGGUUAAAUUCUUUAAAAUCUCAACUGCUGUUAGGGCUUGCUGGUUACUAAGGACUCCUUUGUAAUUCCUUUGCCGAAAUCUCGGAAUACUCUUGGCUAAAUCUCGAAGGAAAACGGUUAUUUUACUUGUCUCAGUAAUCGCAAAUUUUUAUUUGAUUCAUUAGUGUGGUGUAAGUUUAGCCUCUAAAUGGAAAUGAACGUCAGUAAAAAGAGCAUCAUACUUCUCUCUGAAAAUAUUAAACAAAGGAAAAUUUCCGAAACCUUAUCUAAAGGAGGGAAAUUAUGAUUUGAUGCAAUCAGAUGGGAUAAA